AUGCCACAAACCAAGAAUAGAAUAUCUUCCGCGUCACAGAAACAAAGAAAAAGUGUAGAAGAAACGGUCGGUGAGACGGACUCUCCUGAGGUUCUCUCCCCUGCACAUAAAUCAAAACAAAAAGGUCCAACAGAUGUAAAAGAUGGUCAGACAACAAUUGAUAAACAUUUAAAACCUACUGAAAACUUUAAAAACGAGAAUAUAGAGGAAACGCUGAAAAAUGUGUCAGAAAAACUGAAUAAACUUGCUUCACAAGCGUUUAUUGAAUCAAAGCUUAAAGAAAUGGUAACAGAAGAAUUCCUUAGUACAAAACUAAAAGAGUUAGAAAAAGAAGUAAAAUGUCAAGUCAAGAAAGAACUUGAAAAUGUGAAUAAACAGGUAAAUGAAUUGAAAGAUAGGGUCACGAAGGCGGAAAGGUCUGUGUCUGAUCUCCGUAAUACAGUUUCGGAUAUGGAAAUUGCCAUGGAAAAUAUGCAGACAAAAACUGCUUAUAUAGUGGAGGAGAACAAAAGAAUGAAAGAACAACUUCAGGAGCGCGAAAUAAAGCUAACUGUUCAGUCAGAACAAAUAAAUAACCUGGAGCAGUAUACCAGAAGAAACACUGUCCGAUUGUACGGGUUAGAAGACCAAAAUAAAGAUGAAACAUUCAUGGAAACCGCAAAAAGAGUUGCAAAGUUGGUCAAUGAAAAACUUAACGUCAAAAUAUCAACUGCUGAUAUUGACAUAGCUCACAGAAUUGGGAGGUUUUCAAGUGACGCCAACAGACCAAUUAUUUGCAAGUUUGUGUCUCGUUUCACAAAACACGAUGCCAUUAAGGCGCGAAGACAUUUGAAAAACUCAGCUAUAGUUAUUAGAGAGGAUCUGACCCACCAGAACGCAAAACUACUUGAACACACAAGUCCUCAGGACAAAGUGAAAACGGCAUGGUCAGACAAUGGUAAAAUAAUAGCCCUUCUCAAAAACAACAAAAAGAUUGUCGUUGAUGGGAAGACUGACUUCAGUAAAAUAGUAGUUUCUGAAUAA